GCCUGGGUGGCCUUUUUGGCCUCGCCUGUCAUGCAACAGGCCUUUCUUUCGUUCCACCAAUGAGCGAACUCGAGAGCAAGGAAGCUCCGCCAAUCAGGGAAAAGUCGUUCGUGGCGAGUGAUCGGGCUCUCCGAGCGAGGAGCGGCCGACCAGCUGGGAGCGCCUUGAACGGCAAAUCGCGCGUCGAAAGGAGGUUGCAUGGUUCUCGCUCGCGCCAGCUUCCCGCGACUGGAACGUCGAAGUCGAGGGAAAAUUUGAGGCCGUCGGGAACAUUUCCAGCCCAAGAGCUUGAUCAUUGGGAGAUUUGGAUCUCUCUACGUGUGUUUUCCUCUAACUGUUUUUAGUUCUUUGCUGUUAUCACAACUUGUGGUUGUUGUUCUAUUGUCUCUCCUCCUACUACUCCUCCUCAUCCUCAUCGUCCUCUUCUUCAUUGUCAAUGUCUAAUUCUGAACAGUGUUUGAAAAAUUGGCAGUGUCAACUCCGUUUAGCUACAGCACCGGCUUAAGCUACUCUUCUCGACGUUCUAAAGACUUGCAUUCUCGUACUACUACGACAACUCCUACUAGAUUGAUUGAGCAUCAGCUUGUGGCUCUAGUCAACCAUACAACAUCACUACCUUCAUCAUCUGAUCUUCGUUGUUCCAUUGGUCUCUGUCGCAACCUUGAUGUCACCGAAACUUUAAUGAAUGUUAGUUCAUGGAACCAGACCGCCCACCAAACGACCAAUGUCCUAAUCAGUUCAAUUGAACCUAAUGUGAACCACGAACUACUAGUACUUUCCCAUUCGUCAUCAAAGCCCAGGCUCAGUCACAUCUUGAAUUCCUUGGAGUCAUGAGUGUAUGACCCGUCCUCUCCAAGUGAAACCAGCAGAUAACGAGAAUCGUGGAGAAGAUCGCAAAUUGUUCAUUGGUAUGCUCGGUAAGCAACAAACAGAGGAUGAUGUACGCCAGUUGGUCCAGCAAUUUGGAAAUAUAGAGGAGUGCACUAUCUUACGAGGACCAGACGGAGCCAGCAAAGGUUGCGCAUUCGUCAAGCUUGGUAGCCAACAGGAGGCACAAACCGCCAUUGAAGGCCUACACGGAAGUCAAACGAUGCCAGGAGCUUCGUCCAGUCUGGUGGUAAAAUUCGCAGAUACUGAAAAAGAGCGUCAACUUCGUAGAAUGCAGCAAAUGGCCGGAAACAUGGGACUCCUCAAUCCUUUCGUUUUCAACCAAUUUGGAAACUAUGGCACCUACACUCAGUAUGCUCCGCUGAACUCCCAAUUUAUGCAGCAACAGGCUGCUCUAAUGGCCGCCACCACGGGCCAAGCAGGUGGAACUUACAUAUCCCCCAUGACGGGACUGCCCACCGCCCAAAUUGGUCCCGCCCUCAAUGGAUUGACGAAUGCCGGGGUGGUGACGUCCACCUCAGGUGAGAGCUACGCUUGUGGAACACAACCUUUGACUAUCGCCGCAGCCGCCGCAACAGGCUCUGCCACGCCCAGCCCAGUGGGCAGUAGCAGUGGGACAGGAGCUGUUUCCUCAGCUGAGCCUCUCUCAGCUGCAGCUGUUUAUGCAGCUACAGCUGCUGGCCUACACCCAGCAGCUGCAGCUUACUCCGCAGCACCCCAAGGAUUGACCAAUGGUGAUGGUACUCAAGCCUUACAACAGGCCUAUUCCACCAUCCCUUAUCCUGGAAUCGCCCAUACCACGGCCUCCGGUUACCCUGGCUCAAUGGCCGCUCUGUAUGCCUCAGUGUACGCUGCCAGUCAGCUCAACCCCGCAGCCAUGGCUGUGGCCGCAUCCAACCCCAACGUUCUCCCGGCCAAUUCUGCCGCUCUCAUCCAAUCAGUCGCCAACAACGGAAACAUGGGCCAGAAUGGCGGUUGCGCCCAAGGGUCACUCCCAUUGUCCUUGGCUACGGCUUUGCAGAUGCAACAGGCGGGUGGUCCCGGAUCCCCGACCACUGGAUCAACCUUGGGUACGACUCUAAAUCCUCGCGAAGGAUGUUCCAUCUCUGGUCCGGAAGGCUGCAAUCUCUUCAUAUAUCAUCUCCCACAAGAAUUCGGUGACGCGGAGUUGAUGCAGAUGUUCCUACCGUUCGGUAAUGUCAUCAGCUCCAAGGUCUUCAUUGACAGAGCCACAAAUCAGAGCAAAUGUUUCGGCUUUGUGAGCUUUGACAACCCGACCAGUGCCCAGGCGGCAAUUCAGGCCAUGAAUGGGUUUCAAAUUGGGAUGAAGAGGCUUAAGGUCCAAUUGAAGAGACCCAAGGAUGCCAGCCGGCCUUACUAACAAGAAAGACCAUCAAAGAGUGAGCUGGAUUUUCCCAAUGAAAGAAGAAGAACAAAUUCCACACGACUCAAGAGAAAAACAGGAACACAGCCCAUGCAUCGAUCACUACCUAAUUCAGAGGCCUGCUCGUUCACUAGUUAUUAAUAUCUUCAUGAUGUAGUCCUCUGAAGACCAGCGGGCCUAGAAGCUCUUGGACCCGUCUCUCCCCCAUAUAUCCCAAUUCUAACUUCUUAAAAGUCGAAGCUCAUCAUCCACAUUUGGACUGAAUCCAGUAAUGAGAGAUAGCGUGUGAACCGACUUGACUUUAACCCUGACCCUGAUAUGUCCUGCAUAGAAAUGUACAUAAUUAUGCCCAGUAAUGAAGUACCAAACGGGAACGAACCCACAUAGUCUUUUAGGUGCAUAACCUCUUGAAUUCAGUUCUACCCGAGCAAGAUUGUUGCUGGAGCUAGUCACCAACUGUCACACAUUGUAAGCCUGCUUGUAUUUAGUAAGAUAAUCAAAAAUCUUAUGGCCACCCUGUUCCAGGAUGUAAAAGACAACCAGUUACAAAAAAAAACAUUUACAGAAACUUUUCUGUGAUAAUUGACAGUGUGAGAAGGGGUAAGAUUACGGCUGAUGUUCAGUGUGAGCCAUGAGAACCUAACAUUGGCCAGCAAUCCCAUCACCACCUGGCCCUAAUCUUGAUUUAGGAUGCCUCUCUGGUUUCCAAAUGAGCUCAAGUUAGGAGCGUCCCCCUCAGAAGCACUGCUUAAUCUUGGCAUUGAUAUCAGCUUCUGUGAAUGAAGAUGACCCAUCUCCUCCAAUCUCGAUAAAGUGCCAACCCAAUCCCGCCACCCUUAGCCCCUGAUUCCCUCUUUGUCCACCUUUGAACUAUGUUAAAUUUGUGACAAAAAAAUACUCUUUUACCCAUUGUCUAGUCAGGAAUCUUGGAUCCUACCUCGGAUCCUUCGAGCCUUUGGUUCAAAGAGAAGCUGAUGGAAAAUCUAUUUGCUUGUAACUUCAAGAUAUCAUGAAAUUCAUUUCCCAAGGAUCAGUUGACACUCUCUUUCUCUACUUUGAUCGAAUUCAGAUCCUCUUCAAGUAACUUCUCUUGUGCCAAGAACUCAAUUUUCCUUGGUUUGUUAAUUUACCUAAUUCUCAUUAGUCAUAAGAAGCAACAUCGUUACCAUAAUCAUCAACAACCAUCUAAGUGACCCGUCUUUAUCUUGACGAAUUAGUCCAAUUGAAACCUUCUUUGUCAUUAGUGAACCCUUGUUUAUCCUAGUCAGUCACCCUGAAUUUUAUUUCGAAGUCGAUGAAACCAACAACAAAACCAAGUCAAAUUAAAAGAAUAUUGCUUUCUUAGGGACAAUCAAAAGAUUGGAUGGUUCCCUUGGUUCUAGACACAAUCCAACCAGCAUUUCACCAAAGCAGUCUUGAGUUCGUUGAAUCUCAUCCGAUCAUGCCAUUUGCAAGUGAAGGCUCAUUAAAUCCCGAGUUCUCGAACGCACCUUCAUCCUUUUUUGGGCCAACAAACAAGUCGUUGACUCCCCUAUCAAAAUUCAUUCAUUCAUUCAACACAUCUGUAAACACUCUUGCUCCCACAUUACUUUAGAAGCCACAAACAACAAAUAUUGAUAAUAGUACGACUAAUGCUAAUGCUACCACAACAACUAUUACGAUUUUUUUUUUCAAUAUUAUUAUUUCUAACACUACUAUUAACCAAUCAUAUCAAAAAGUCUUUGAAGAGAACUCAGCCACCUUCGGCGGUACUCUAUCAUGUGAAUAGCCCAAUUAACAAAUGUAACUUAACUUAGUUUCACUAAACCCCCUUUUCUCCAAACCACUUUCACGAACACCGUCAGGUUUGUCCUAAAGCCCAUUUUUACCGUUGGCGUUUGUAUGAGCAAAGCCGAUCAAUUCAAAAUGGCCAAUCUUCGAAGGUCCCUGGAUUCCAACUGAAACCGAGUUUAACACUCAAUGAAAACAAGAUGCUUCGAUUACUUCACCAACCUUCAAAACACAAAGACCAUUACUUAUAGUGCUGCUAUUAUCACCACUUUUACUAGUCCUACAACUGCUGCUACCAGACCUACGACUACUUUUUUCUGCUGAUACUUAUUACAGAAGAAUUACUUCUACUAUGAUGAUUACCAUCACUAUUAUUUUCUUGGUCAUUUCUAUUCUUCCUAGUCUUAUCAUUAUUCCUAUCAUUAAUACUUAUUAUGAGUAAGUCUAUUAUCAUUGAUAAAACCACAACUACGACCCCUACUACAACUAUUGCUAUUGCUACAACAAUUACUAUUAUUAAUACUACGACUACAAUUACUACUACUACUACUCUUAUUAUCAUUAUCAUCAUUACGAUUACAACAACAACAACAACAACAACAGCAACAACAACUACUACUACCGCUAAUAUUACUACUACAUUAUCAUCAUUAUGAUCAAGUGCUGUAUAAUUGAACUUACAUAUAUCUAAGGGAUCAGAACAAAAAAAUAGCCAUAUAAAGGAUGAUCAUAAAUCAAGUAGUCCUAUAAAUCAUCAUCAAAUCACCCCAAAAUAUUCCACAAUUUUACAAGAAAACUGCAAAAACUCAACCAAAAAUAUCAAUAUUGCUUUGCUCUUCUUUCUGCAUUUUUGAUUCUCCCCUCCAUUUACACAUGAGUCCGUUUAAACAACUGAAUCUAAAUUCAAGAAUACUUCGAUUAUCGACCUUUUUUUUUUAUUGAUUUCCCCUCCCCUGGCAUUUGAGUUUCCCAUGUACAUGCAUUUUUCCGUCAUUUGCGUUCAUUGCCUAUGACAUGAAUUUUUAGUUCAAUAAAGAUAAAUUGAUAGAAAA